UGCCCGCUGUUGGCCAUCAUGAACAUCCUCUUCUUGCGUUGGAAGGUAAAGUUACCCCCGCAGAAGGAAGUGGUCACAGCCGAGGAACUGAUGGCACAUCUUGGGGAUUGCAUUCUGUCCAUCGAGCCGCCGGAAAAAUCCGAAGUGCUGCAACUAAACUUUCAGCAGAACGUGAACGACGCCAUGACGGUGCUGCCCAAGCUGUCCACGGGUCUGGAUGUGAACGUGCGGUUCACCGGCGUGGGGGAUUUCGAGUACACCCCGGAAUGCAUCGUCUUCGACCUCCUCAACAUACCGCUGUACCACGGCUGGCUGGUGGACCCCCAGAGCGCAGAAGCUGUGAGAGCGGUGGGCAAGCUAAGCUACAACCAGCUGGUCGAAAAGAUUAUCAUGUGCAAGCAUUCGACCGACCCCAACCAGGUGACCGACGGCCUCCUGGCGGAGCAGUUCCUGGAGACUUCGGCGGCACAGUUGACCUAUCACGGCCUAUGCGAACUGAUGGCCGCCGUCAAAGAGGGCGAGCUCAGCGUCUUCUUCCGGAACAAUCACUUCAGCACGUUGAUAAAGCACAAGGUACAGGUGUAUGCGUUGCGUGCUGUGCAGGAGGAGAAGGUGAUCUGGGAGAGUCUUCACAACGUGGAAGGGGACAGCUGCUUCUGCGACUCCGACUUCCACCUGACCCAGAUGGAGAAGGACGCCACGUACAGCCCCCAGCAGCAGCAGAGGCAGGUCGAUCAGGAUUACAUGAUCGCUCUGUCGUUGCAACAGCAGCAGCAAGGCCCCCUGCCCAUCAGCGACCUGGAGCUGGCCAGACAGCUGCAGCAGGAGGAGUACCAGCAGCAGCAGCAGCAACAACAGCAGCAGCAGCCCCAGGCCCCGGUACCGGGACCGUCACAGUCCCCUCCGCAGGCCAGGCCUCAGCCUUCGGGGCGCCCUUCCCCCUCGGAGCGGCGGCAGGGACGGAAGCAAGAGUCGGACUGCGUCCUGUUAUAGCCUCAGGCCUGCGUACUGGGAGACUGGAUUCCGGUUUACACCACUAGGGGGCGCAGGACAACCUCCCCCGUUGUACAGCCGGAGGAAACAUUU